GUGCUGGCAGCGGCGUCGCGGGGGGGGGGCCUCGCGGGCCGGGCUGCGGCGCUCCCAAGAUGGCGGCGGGCCCGGGGCGCUGAGGCGGGAGCGCGGUGCCCGGUGCCGCCCGGCGCCGCCGCCAUGCUGCGCUCCAGCGGCUACUUCCGCGGCAUCGACUGCCCCUUCCUCGGCUCCGGGGGGUCGGGGCCGGCCGGGGGCCCCCCCUGCCGCCGGCCCUACUGCCAUUUCCGACACCCCCCGGUGGCGGCGCGCUGCGGAGCCCCCGGUGCGGCCGCCGCGUUGGGUCACGGCGCAGAACGGGGCUAUGAUCCCUACAACCCAGAGCUGCCGAGGCCCUCGCUGGAGGCGGAGGAUGAUGCCCUGGCUGACGUUACGGACAUGACACCUGGCAUUCUGGAGCUGGAGCUGGUCAACAAGGCCAUUGAGGCAGUCAAAAAUGAAGUUGAGAGAGAACAGAAAAAGUAUGAGGAGCUGUUGGAAACGACAAAGGAGCUCAGUGCUUCAGAGGCCUCCUCGCUCAUUUCCAAAACACCUGUGUCAGCUGCUGUGACACAAAAUGAUUCAUUUACCUCCUUAGAGUAUAAUCCAGGUAGCUACAACUUUAAUAAUAACCCAGACUACAAUCCUACUCCUCUCGCUGCUGCUAGCCAGUCAAGUAAAUAUACUUUGGAUACUGCGCGAUCUAAAGGUAGCUCACUGGAAUAUGUUCCCAAGGCUGUAGCACAGACUAAAAAAUACAGUAGCACUGUCACUAACAAUAAAUACGUGAUUGAUGACUCUAAGCCUUCUACAGACUUGGAAUAUGACCCACUUUCAAAUUACUCAGCCAGGCUUCUGAGCAAAGCUACAACAAAGGAGUCAAAGGGGUCUAAAAGAGGUAGGGUCCCUAGUUAUGAGGAAUCUUACUCUCCUUCACGAAAGAAGCUGUGUGAAAUACCUGAUGAAUAUGAAGUCUAUGCCAGGUUCUCCUCCUCUGAAGAUGAGGCUGAUGCAGAAUAUAAGCCAACUUCUGUUAGUUCACAAUCAAAAGCUGGUUCUGAAAGUGAAUCAAACGAUGGAAUAUCCAGCAAAGAGCGGAGCACCAGACUGGAUGACUUUGCUUCUCAGGAUAGCAAAGAAAUGGCAGCACAGUAUGGCAUGGAGGACCUUUCAAGUUCACAGAAAAAACCUGCCAAAAACUUAUCAGACAAGAAUGCAAAAGCAGUGAAAUCAUGUUCUGGUAAGAAUGACCAGGAAACUGAAAAUAAAAACAAAGACUUGAAAGACAAAACAAAGAGGAGGAAAUCAGAUGUUAGUAAAGUGCCUAGCCUCAGUGAGCUUGGUAAGAAAGAGAAAAGUAAAAAUAUGGAAAAAGACAAAAUACUCAAGAAGGAAGAAAAAUUAAAAACAAAGAACGAGGAGAAAAACUGCAAAGAUAAAAGUGUCAAAGUUAAAACUGAUGGGAAUUUAAAGAAACCUGAAAAACAGAAGUCAGAAAAAGUGGAUGGACUUAAGAAAGAAAAAUCCAAGUCUGCCAGCAGUAGUUCAGGGAAAAGCAAGGGUGAGGGCGUCAUCAAAGGCUCUAGCACGGAAAAGCUGGGCAGCAGCAAGAAAGAUUCCAAACUGAAAACAGCCGAUGUGAAAAAUGGUAAGGAAACCUCUGGUCGUAAAAACAAAGACAAAGGGACCAAGACCCCAGCACUGGAACGAAAGAAAGAAAAGGUCAGCUCUGCGGAAAAAGGAGAGCCGAAGAAGAGUCGGAAGCAGCAGAGCCUGAGUCACGUUGACCUGUUUGGAGAUGAGAGCGGGGACGACGAUGACAAAGGCAAACCUGUGCCAUCCGCUUUACUUGACGUGAGCUCAGAUUCGGAUGGUGAUGACUGUGGUUCAAGCUCUCAGAGUGAAAAUGAAGGGACAAAGAAAGUGAAGCGGUCUAAAUUGUCAAAGUCGUCAUCUUCUUCCUCAACAUCUGAUGACAUCGAUUAUUCCGUCCUUGAGAAAGACUUGGACUUAGAGUCAGACCCAAUGGAAGAGUGUCUCAGGAUUUUUAAUGAAUCUACAGAUGUGAAAACUGAAGACAAGGGGAGGCUGGGGAAGCAGCUGUCGAAAGAGGAAGUAAAUGAAGAAAAAACAGAAGAUAAUUUAACUACCUUAUUUCCUGGCCAAAAAAGAAGGAUCUCUCAUCUUGUCAAACAAGGAAAUGCAGAGGUGCCGAGCAAGCCCGUAGUCCGGCCGUACCGUCCGCCCACCGCUCAGGAGGUCUGCUACCAGAGGAUCCAGCUGGCUCAGCAGCAGGCGGCACAGCUGGCUGUGGCAGUUCAAAAGGCAUCCCUUUCUUUGCCAGGAGAAAAGAGGAGGAUUGCUCAUGUGCCAAAUGUAGCCAUUUCCGCAGCAGUCAAACAAAGCCUCGUGAGCGGCAAGAAGGCUGUUGCUGGCAAAAGUGUCACACCUUCCAAUGACUCUGAAGCACCCACCCUUUCUCUGAAGGCUUGCACCUUAGCUGGGAUGGCUUCAAAGACUACCAGCACCACUGUGCAGAAAAGGAUAGCUCACGUUCCCUCCUUACAGAGCGCCAGCUUACAGAGGCCUGUUAUUCCCACAGAAUUUGGUGCUAAAGUCCCAACAAACAUUCGUCAAAGAUAUCUCAAUCUCUUCAUUGAUGAGUGCUUGAAAUUCUGUUCCUCCUCCCAGGAAGCGUUUGACAAGGCUCUGGCAGAAGAGAAGGUAGCUUAUGAACGCAGCACCAGUCGCAACAUCUACCUGAACGUGGCAGUGAACACCUUAAAGAAGCUCCGAAGCCUAGUGCCCAAUUCCCCGUCCAGUACGAACAAGACAAGUAACAAGAAAGUGGUGUCCCAUGAAGCUGUGCUGGGAGGGAAGCUUGCUGCUAAGACCAGCUUUACCCUAAACCGGUCAGGGAGCUUGAGAGCAGAGGAUUUAACAGGAGCUGCCUUGUACCGGCGACUGAAGGAAUAUCUCAUGACUGAGGAGCAGCUAAAGGAAAAUGGUUACCCAAUGCCUCACCCGGAGAAGCCAGGACGGGCCGUCCUCUUCACAGCAGAGGAGAAGAAAACCACUGACUCCUCCUGCAGGAUUUGUUGUCGCUGUGGCACUGAGUACAUGGUCUCAGCCUCUGGAAACUGCAUUCGCAAGGAGGAGUGUGUCCAUCACUGGGGAAGGCUACGCAAGCAGAGAGUGCCAGGUGGAUGGGAAACUCAUUACAGCUGCUGCUCAGGAGCUGUGGGUUCACCAGGCUGCCAGGUUGCUAAACAACAUGUCCAUGACGGGCGGAAAGAGAGCCUUGAUGGCUUUGUGAAGACUUUUGAGAAGUUGCCUACGACUGAUGGUUACCCUGGAAUCUACGCAUUAGACUGUGAAAUGUGCUACACUAAGCAAGGACUGGAGUUGACAAGAGUAACUGUGAUCAACUCUGACCUGAAAGUGGUUUAUGACACCUUCGUCAAACCGGACACCAAGGUGGUGGACUAUAACACCAGAUUCUCAGGUGUGACAGAAGAGGACCUGGAGAACACUAGUAUCACUCUGCGGGAUGUCCAAGCCGUCCUAUUGAACAUGUUCAGUGCAGAUACCAUAUUGAUAGGGCACAGCUUGGAAAGCGAUUUAUUUGCACUAAAGCUUAUCCAUGGCACAGUGGUGGAUACUGCGAUUGUCUUUCCCCACCGGCUGGGUUUACCUUACAAACGGGCUCUCCGGACGCUGAUGGCAGACUACCUCAAGCGCAUCAUCCAGGACAAUGUGGAAGGGCAUGACUCCAGCGAGGAUGCCAGAGCUUGCAUGGAGCUGAUGGUCUGGAAGAUCAAAGAAGAUGCUAAAGUGAAACGAUGACUUGCGCUUUCUCUCUCUCCUGUUCCUCCUCCACCUCUUCGAAGCAGUGCAAUAAAUGCUCAGAGUAACACUGUC